GUGGGUGACGUGCAAACUAAUUUCCCACCCAUUCCUCUUUGCUUUAUUCCCCACACAUACAUUCCCACCGCUCCAGCUUGCCAUAUCUCUUCUCUUCCGCGUCAUUUCAUUAUCCAACACCGCUCACACAUGAAGGAGAAAACCCAUUUCAUGGCUCAUCAACCUUCUGUUUCUGCAAAACCUGAUGACGAGGUGCCGUCUCAGAUUCGGCCACCCUGCCAAUCUCAAGAUAGUGAGAGUGAUCAUAAGGAUGAAACAGAGUCUCAGGCUCAGAACCUAUGGGCUUCAGAAACGUGUGUCUGCGAUCGGGAGAAAAUGGCAUUGCCGGCGAUGGGUUCUGACUCUGCGGAGGAAAGUGGGAGAGAGAAGCUGAAGAGGCAUAGAGGGGAAGUGGCGGGAAGGGUAUGGAUUCCUGAGAUAUGGGGCCAGGAGGAGCUGUUGAAGGAUUGGAUUGAUUGUUCGGCUUUUGAUGCUCCUUUGGUUCCGAGCAGGAUCAUGACGGCGCGAGCAGCUUUGGUUCGAGAGGGUACGAGAGCCAAUGCCGAAGGAUUUAGAAUAGAGAACAGAAUAUGUGCAAAACUUGAAUCAGCGAAGUCACAGUGAUAGCAGCUCCCACACUUUGAUAGUCCCAUCAUCGCUUGCAGAGGCUAGCAGCCGCUUCUCCUAAUAAGCACCAGAAUACAAGAGACUUCCAUGAGGGAGGAGACUGUAAAAGGAUGCCUAGACUGAUAGAUACAGCGGAAGUAACUCAUCAUUGUUUGCAAGUUCAAACGAGUCAACUUUAAUCCCGCCGAUUUCUCCAGUGCACCUGGGGCACUGAUACCAUGCAUUUCGGAAGCUCUAUUAGCCAUAAGAUGUGCGUUAACCUUUUGAUAUUUGAUUCAAUGGUCAAUAAAGCUCCCAACAAGGUAGGGUACCAGUGCCUUAGGAACAUAGAGAAUCAGCCCGUACUUGGAGAAACCACUUAAUCCUUGCAGGUUUAGCAUAAUUGUAACAAUAAAUUGUAUGCUUUAUUAGACAACCCUGAUUAUCGCCUCAAAACUAGUAAUAGAAGAGCCCCAAUUUAUUUUUCUAUAUUUCAUGAUUUAGUACCUUAAAA